UCUCUCAAAUUUACACUCAAUUGUACACAAAUUGAUCAAUCUUCCACUUAACUAGUUCUCUAUCUAUCUUUGUCGGAACACCUGCAGUAAUCUACCACCAAAAUGUCGUGGCAAACAUACGUAGAUGAGCACUUGAUGUGCGAUAUUGAGGGCAAUGCCGGCCUCAAACUCGCCUCCGCCGCCAUCAUGGGACACGACGGCGCCGUAUGGGCUCAGAGCGCCAACUUCCCUCAGUUCAAGCCGGACGAGAUCAACGGCAUACUCACUGAUUUCAACGAGCCGGGACACCUCGCCCCCACCGGCCUAUUCGUUGCCGGCCAAAAAUAUAUGGUCAUCCAAGGAGAGCCUGGAGCCGUUAUUCGUGGAAAGAAGGGGUCGGGAGGGAUUACAAUCAAGAAGACAGGGCAGGCACUGGUUGUUGGGGUGUACGAGGAGCCAGUGACACCAGGGCAAUGCAACAUGGUUGUUGAAAGGCUGGCUGAUUAUCUCCUUGAUCAAGGCCUCUAAGCCCCAUUAAUUAAUUAUUCAUUACUUCUCAAAUCUCCAUUUUAUUUUUCAUAUCAUUUUUCAGGUUAAGUGAAUAAUUAAAUAAUGACCAUGACAAGAAUAAAUGAGCUCUGUUUAAUGCUAGUUGUUUAGAGAUAACGAGCUCAUUAUGUAUUUGCUAGCUUUUAGAUUUGAGUUUGUUUUUUUCUACACUCUUCAAUGUAUUUAUUUGUGUUUUAGUUAAUUUAAGUUAUCCGGAUGUGCGAGUA